UGAACAACCCAAACAGCUGUUUGAUUUGUUUUUGUUUGGUAAAUGAUUGGCUGUUAGCCAAAAGUAAAGCAGAAAAAAGUGAAAAACGGCGGUCAAACAUUCUAGAAUUUAAUAAAAUUUCUUGAAAAAUGGUUAAAAAGAUUUUAAUGAUUUGUUUAGGCAACAUUUGCCGUUCCCCCAUUGCUGAGGCUGUCAUGAUAGAUACCAUUAAAAAAGCCGGCGUAUCCGAUGAAUGGGAAGUGGAUAGUGCUGCCAUUGGUGGUUGGCAUGUGGGUAAUUCUCCCGAUUCUCGUGCCUUAAGUACAAUGAAAAAACACGGUUUACCCUAUACAAAUAAGGCUCGUCAAAUAAAAUCCAAAGAUUUUGAAGAAUUUGAUUAUAUUUUUGGUAUGGAUUAUGAGAAUAUGAGUGAUUUGAAAGAUCGUGCUCCUAAGGGUUCUAAAGCAAAGUUACUCAUGUUGGGUAACUUUGGUUUGCCGGAGGAAGAGAAAAUUAUUGAGGAUCCUUAUUAUCAACGUGGUGAUUCUGGCUUCGAAAAGGCCUAUCAACAAUGUGUAGUAGCCUGUGAUGCUUUUUUGAAAAAAGCUUUAGCUAAUGAGAUUUAAAAGACAUUUUGGGAAAUUUUAGAAUUAAUAUUAAUGAUAUUGUGUUAAAUAAAGUGACUUGGUCUGGAACCUUUGCAAAUAA